AUGGAUAGAGGGUACGUAAAGGCCAGACAUCAAGCGGCUGGCCACGAUGGUAAUUUUACUGAUCAGCAAGAGACACUUUUUUUCAAACCAACCAACUCGUUGGAGGUUGAAUUUUACGAAAAUGUUAAUCGAAAUAUAGCACAUGAAGACAACGGUGACGUUGAUCUGCAGUCAUGGAUGCCGGCUUUUCUUGGUACUUUGACGCUGGGAGUUUCUGAAAACGUAUCUGAACAUGCUAUCUCUCGAAGUGCAGAUCCCGAACUGCCAAAAAUCGUCCAGUCACUUCAGAAUGAACCGUCGUCCGCAGCUCAUAGAAACAAACCCAUCAUUGUUCUCGAAAAUCUAUUGCAAAGCUUUAAAUCGCCAAAUAUUCUGGAUGUCAAGCUCGGCAAAGUUCUGCACGACGAUCUCGCUUCUGAAGACAAAAAGCUGAGAUUACAGAAAGUCAGCAGUGACACCACAUCAGGUAGCUUAGGAUUCCGUAUUUGCGGCUUGAAGAUCCAGAAAAACUCGCAAUUGCACUGUCUAGAUCCUGAUUUUUGUAAAGCGGACGAAGAUGGAUAUGUCGCGGUCAAUAAGUUUUACGGAAGGUCACUUACUGCUCGCACUAUAAAAGACGCUUUUGAACUAUACUUCGCACAUGAUGCACUCAGCCAGCAACGGAGAAAUCUACUUUACGAGGUUUUCCAAAAAAGACUCAUGUUGCUUUAUAACACUUUGCUCAACGAAGACGUGCGACUGAUAUCGUCGAGUUUACUGUUCAUAUAUGAAGGCGAUCUGGAAAGUUGGGAAGAACUUGACGACAAACACAACCUCUUAAGGGACGAGUUCAAUUGCAGCACGAGUGACAGCGAGGAAGAAGAGGUUGCAAACAAAUGCUUAAGCUCUCUCUCGCUCAUCGACUUUGCGCAUUCGAGAUUUGUCCCGGGCCAAGGAUACGAUGAAAACGUUUUAAUAGGUGUUGAAUCAUUACUGAACAUCUUCGAGACCCUAACUGAGCCUUGA